AUGAUCUUCGGGAAGAGGAGAGGUGAUGGUGUGGUGAUCGUCGAGAAGAGAAGACAUGGUGGUGCGGAAGUUGCCGGGAGGAAUAGAGGAGUGGAGGCUUGGAGAAGUGGUUGUAUUAUGGAUAUUAAGAACGUCCCUUCUUCUCUUGUUGACGAGAUUGCGCCUAUUCUUGGUGUUGCCAAUGAAAUUCAAUCGGACAACCCAAGGGUUUCCUAUAUUUGUCGGUUUUAUGCUUUAGAAAGAGCCCACACACUAGAUCCAAUAUCAAGUGGUUAUAGGGUUCGUCAAUUCAAGGAUGCCCUACUUCUGCACCUAGAAAGGGAAAACAAAGCAACAUCAAGAGGAGAAAGAAACAGUGAUGCUCAUGUUAUACAAGCCUUUUACCUGCAUUUUAAUAGAAAUUAUAUGCAUAGCUUGCAAAAUGCAGAUAAAGUUGAUCGUAUCCGCGUUGCAAAAGAUUACCAAAAGGCUUCUGUUCUUUUUGAGGCUAUGAAGGCUGUCAGUCUUUCAGAUUCUAUUGAGGUACCAAAUGAGAUAUUGGAAGCACAUGCAGAAAUGUAUAUUCAUAAUAUGCUUACACUUCACCCUGAAAGUUCAAAUCAAACACGAGAAAAACUUCCUGAGAUAUUGGAAGCACAGAUGAAGCAGACAAACCACCACAAAAUCCCCCUCCAAACCAUAAAAGAUUGCACCCAAGAGUUUGACGAAAAAAAUCUCAUCGGAAAUGGUGGAUACGGAAGGGUCUACAAGGGAAUCCUCUCAUGGGCGCAUGAAGCUAGGGAAACUCAAUUAGGAGAUGAGGAAGAUGAAUUCUUAUUCAGAGGAUAAACGGAGGGAGUUCCCUUUGGUCAAUGUUUAUUAAACACAAGGGAUACAUGGAUGUAGGACUUCAAAAAAUCUAUAUGCUAAGUGUGUACAAAUGUGCAAUAAAUCUUUGCUGUUUCUAAAAAAAUUGUGUACAAAUGUGGGUAAAAUGUAACGUCCAAAUAUACAAAAAUAGAUAGAAAAUGUAUUUGGGUUUUUAAUUCUUUUAAAAGGAAUGUUAUUUUGAAGCUUCGGGG